GGGUGAGCCCCCUCUUGAGGACGAGUGACCCCGUCAGUAGGGCCGGGGUGAACCCCUGCAAAGUGGGAUUGGCUCUAACAGGAAGGAGUGACGUCUCCGUGAAUCAGUGACCCUCAGGAGGGCCGGGGAGAACAAGUGACCGGCUUAGUGGAGAUAGAGCCUUCGAGAACAGGGUGACCUCUCCCUUGGGAAUGCGUUACCCGUCAGGGCGGCUGAGGGAGACUUGGAAAAUAGAGGCAAGUGGAGGAAACACCCACAGUACCACUACUCGAACAUAGUUUUCCACGUUUGUUCAUUCCCUUUCAGUUAUAAGACCUAAUUAUGAGCGAUCAAAUCAAAUUCAUUGUGGACAAUCUCAAUAAGGAGCCUUUUAGGAAGAACUAUAAUUUAAUCACAUUUGAUUCCCUGGAGCCAAUGCAACUAUUGCAAAUUCUAAAUGAUGUUCUGGCUGAGAUUGACCCAAAGCAAGUUGUUGAUAUCAGAGAGGAGAUGCCAGAGCAGACAGCCAAAAGGAUGUUGAGCCUCCUUGGUAUCCUUAAAUACAAACCUCCAGGAAAUGCCACAGACAUGAGUACCUUUCGUCAGGGUCUGGUGAUUGGAAGUAAACCUGUAAUUUAUCCAGUGCUCCACUGGCUUCUUCAGAGGACUAAUGAACUGAAGAAAAGAGCAUAUUUAGCUCGUUUUUUAAUAAAACUUGAGGUACCAAAUGAGUUUCUUCAGGAUGAAACAGUGGCUGAUACCAAUAAACAGUAUGAAGAGCUGAUGGAAGCCUUUAAAACUUUGCAUAAAGAAUGUGAGCAACUCAAGACAUCUGGAUUUUCUACAGCAGAAAUAAGAAGGGAUAUCAGUGCAAUGGUGGAAGAAAAGGAUCAGCUCAUUAAGAGAGUUGAACGUUUGAAGAAAAGGGUGGAGACAGUUCAGAAUCAUCAACGAAUGCUUAAAAUAGCAAGGCAACUUCGAGUUGAAAAAGAGAGAGAAGAAUUUCUUGCACAACAGAAACAGGAACAAAAGAAUCAGCUAUUUCAUGCAGUGCAGAGACUGCAAAGAGUACAAAAUCAGCUGAAAAGUAUGCGCCACGCAGCAGCAGAUGCGAAGCCUGAAAGUUUAAUGAAGAGACUAGAAGAAGAGAUAAAAUUUAAUUCUUACAUGGUAACUGAAAAAUUUCCUAAAGAAUUAGAGAGCAAGAAAAAAGAAUUGCAUUUUUUACAAAAAGUGGUUUCAGAGCCUGCCAUGGGCCAUUCUGAUCUUCUUGAACUUGAAUCUAAAAUAAAUGAAAUAAACACACAGAUAAAUCAGCUGAUUGAAAAGAAAAUGAUGAGAAAUGAACCAACUGAAGGCAAACUCUCACUAUACAGGCAGCAGGCAUCCAUCAUUUCUCGUAAAAAAGAAGCCAAAGCUGAGGAACUUCAGGAAACGAAGGAGAAGUUAGCCAGCUUAGAGAGAGAGGUGUCAUUGAAGACAAAUCAGACCCGUGAAUUUGAUGGCGCCGAAGUUUUGAAGGGAGAUGAAUUCAAACGAUAUGUCAGUAAACUUCGAAGCAAGAGUACAGUUUUCAAAAAGAAGCAUCAAAUAAUCGCUGAAUUUAAAGCUGAAUUCGGUCUCUUGCAGAGGACAGAAGAACUUCUUAAGCAACGUCAUGAAAAUAUUCAACAUCAACUGCAAACUAUUGAAGAGAAAAAGGGCAUAUCUGGAUAUAGUUACACCCAGGAAGAGCUAGAAAGGGUAUCUGCACUGAAGAGCGAAGUUGAUGAAAUGAAAGGCCGAACACUAGAUGACAUGUCUGAAAUGGUAAAAAAGCUGAAUUCACUGGUAUCUGAAAAGAAGUCUGCUCUAGCCCCAGUUAUAAAAGAACUACGACAGUUGCGUCAGAAAUGUCAAGAACUAACCCAGGAAUGUGAUGAAAAGAAAUCUCAGUAUGAUAGCUGUGCAGCAGGCCUCGAAAGCAACCGGUCCAAAUUAGAACAGGAAGUCAGAGGACUCCGUGAAGAAUGUCUUCAGGAAGAAAGUAGAUAUCAUUACACAAAUUGUAUGAUUAAGAACCUAGAAGUACAACUUCGUCGUGCUACUGAUGAGAUGAAGGCAUAUGUCUCUUCUGAUCAACAAGAAAAAAGAAAGGCAAUAAGGGAGCAGUAUACAAAAAAUAUUGCCGAACAGGAAAACCUUGGAAAGAAACUCCGAGAAAAACAGAAGGCUGUACGAGAAAGUCAUGGUCCAAAUAUGAAACAAGCAAAAAUGUGGCGUGAUUUUGAACAGUUGAUGGAAUGUAAGAAACAGUGCUUUCUGAAACAACAAAGCCAAACUUCCAUUGGUCAGAGGAAUCUUUUAGGAACUAAUAUCUCUUGUUUUGAAGAAACAUUUAUCUGAAGUUCAGCAAUUCCUACAGUUUCACUUCAGUUUCUCUUCUGUAAAAUUCAAGAAAAUUUACUAUUUUGAAUA